UUUUGUCGUGCAUUGUUAAUACUUGUUGACACCCCCAGCACCAGUUUUGUUAUUAACUAUUAAUAAAUUUCGUCAGCAAUACAUGUAGUGUGAAAGGUAGUUGAGCCACUUCCAGAUCUGUCAUUUGUACGUGUCACAAUUUUUGAGGUUAUGAUUGUCAAUUUAAAACCCCAGUGCCAUGUCUUGGAUCGCCAACUCCCCUCUCACGUACUUGCAGCAGUUCUGCGUUAACGUGAUAAAAUGCGGCCCCAUCCCCAAGCACAUCGCCAUCAUCAUGGACGGCAACCGGCGCUACGCCACCAAAGCUAAAGUCGAAAAGGCUGAGGGGCACACCAGAGGCUUUGACAAGCUGGCCGAAGCCCUGCAGUGGUGUCUCGAGCUCGGCAUCCCCGAAGUCACGGUCUACGCCUUCAGCAUCGAGAAUUUCAAGCGCAGCCAAAGUGAAGUGGACACUUUGAUGAAGCUGGCCACCGAGAAGUUCCAGAAGUUGUUGGACGAAAGGGAGAAAAUUAUGGCUGAGGGGGUGUGCAUUCGGAUAAUCGGGAACAUGUCGUUGUUGUCGCAGGAGCUGCGGAAACUAAUAGCAGAGGCUGUGCUUAUGACGAAGGACAACAACAGGGCAUUUUUGAACGUGGCGUUCGCGUAUACAGCGCGGGACGAGAUGGUGAAUACGGCGAGGAAGGUGGUGGAAGGGGUGGAAAAGGGGGCCAUCGAGGCGGACGAUGUUGAUGAGGAUUUGAUUUCGAGGUGUUUGUAUACUGGGGAUAGGCAGGAUCCGGAUAUAAUCGUGCGCACGUCGGGGGAGGUUAGGUUUAGUGAUUAUUUGUUGUGGCAGAUUUCUAAUAGUUAUAUUUGUUUUACGGAGGUGUUAUGGCCGGAGUUUUGUAUCUGGCAUUUAUUGGCGUGCGUUUUUAAGUAUCAAAGGUGUUACAAUGAUCUGAAAAAGAACAAUGUUAAAAUUAUUAAAAAUGAAAGGGUGAAGAGUUUUGUUGAAGGGUUAGAACAAGAAAAGCUGAUGCAACUUAAAAGUUAUAUAUGAAAUAAAUAUGAUGUUAGGAAA